UAAUGGAUGGCACUACGUAGGAUGUUGUGGUUAUAAAUCUUUGCUUGAGAUGUUUUGAAGGAUGUUUUCAUGUUUCUCCAUAUUGGCAAUGCAUAGUUAUUGUGAUUUUUAGAACAACUGUUUAGCAACCUCCAGUUCUUGGUUGAAAGGUUUUAUAGAUAUCAGGUGUGUGUGUGUGUGUGUGAGUGAUUUUAUAUGAAUCUUGUUUUAGCAAGAAUUAAUUUUGAGGAAUGAUUGUACUUGCAUUUCCGAGCCUUACUAUGUGGUAAUCUGUGUUCUUUGUGAUCUGUAAGGAAUUGUGCCACUGCUGCUCUUCUGAUAAGUUACUGAAUGAAAUCCAUUUUAUUGCAUUGUCUAAGUGGUAAGUUUAUGGUAAGUGGAGACUUGUGGGUUUUUUCUUCUUGUUUUUAAGAGCUGCUAAUUCUCUGGUCAGGUUGAUGCGCAUGUUGUCAUGGAGAAAAUGUUAUUUUGAACAAACUAUUAAUACAUUUUCUGUUUUAAUAAUUGGAUUUACGGCCUUGAAACAGCAUGGCUUAUUUAGUGGUGCUGAAGUUUCUUAUCCUGCAAGUUCCUGUAGUUAACUUUUAUUGUGAUUUUCUGAGUGAGUUUAACAUGGCACUCGCCGCAGUUGAGGGGCAGUGCUCAUGUGAUUGCAGCUUGGGUUAAUCUUUAAAACUACAGAAAAUGAGCAUGUCACAAGGUAUGAAGCUGUUUGGGCACGAGUAGGUUCAGCACUGCCACCAUUUCUGAAUGGCCUAAUAGCCAAAGUUACUAUAACUUAGCAGCCAGCUGUAGAGCUUUGUCAGAAAGUAACGGCCUGUGUAAUACAGUAAUGGCCUAUGACUGCAUGUCUGUUUCUGGGGAGGGAAAUCAUUCCUGACGGUGGGGGGCUGUGAGGUGGCACCUGGAUGCGUGUUGAGGGUGAGCAGCUGGAAUAAAAUUAACAGGUUUUAAUUAGUUAACCUUUGGUCUUUUGUCGACCUGUGGUCACGAGCAUUUGGCUCUUCUCAGUAAGCUGUGGACAACCAAGCACAUCAUCUAGAGGUAUAGUGCUGAGCAUGUGUGCUUGCUGAAUACCCAAACUGCACGCGGCCCCUUGUUGUGAAGAGCCUUGUGCGCCCUUCAGCUCCUCCUCCUCUACUGUCUUCAUCUUGUGGCGUUGUCAUGUCAACGGACACGCAGCCUGCUGCAGUGGCACCAGCAGAGCUUGCCACUGAACCCAACGCUUCAGCUGUUGGCCCUGAGACCAGCCCUGCAGGUCCUGCUACAGCCUCCACCCCAGCUGCAGGCAAGACCUUCUUCUCGAGGGAGAAGAAGAAAGUUCCAGAGAAGACAGAUGAGUACCUGCUGGCCAGGUUUCAGGGGGAUGGAGUAAGAUACAAAGCCAAGCUGAUUGGCAUUGAUGAUGUACCAGAAGCCCGAGGGGACAAAAUGAGCCAGGACUCCAUGAUGAAACUGAAGGGCAUGGCAGUAGCUGCUCGUUCCCAAGGCAAGCACAAGCAGAGAAUGUGGGUGACCAUCUCACUCACGGGCAUCAAACUCAUCGAUGAGAAGACCGGCGUGAUCGAACAUGAACAUGUAGUGAACAAGAUUUCCUUCAUUGCCCGAGACAUCACGGAUAACCGAGCGUUCGGAUAUGUGUAUGGGGCGGAGGGACAACACCAGUUCUUUGCCAUAAAGACAGCCCAGCAGGCUGAACCACUGGUCUUGGACCUGAAGGAUCUGUUUCAGCUCAUCUUCAACAUGAAGAAAAAGGAAGCGGAGUCUGCACACAAGAAUGAAACCAGUACUGUAGCAGUUGAGAAUGGAGGGGAGGCUUUGCUCAGUUUGGAUGGUGACGUGGACACAGUGAAACCUGUGGAGCCAGUGAACCUUUUUGGUGACAUGUCCACACCCCCUGACAUCAACUCUCCCACGGAUGCUUGGAAAAAUCACAGACAGUCUCCUGGAAGUGAUGUGUUUGGGGCCAACUUGUUUGACCCUCCAGCACAGAAUGAUGGUGCAUCUACAACCCAGUCCAGCAUCUCGCUCCCUGUAGAUCUGUUUAACCCCACCACCACAUCUUCGCUAGCCUCCCUCGGAUCAAUGUCCCUGGGACCUCCAUCUGUUUCUCCAGGGACAGGCCCUUGGGGUUCAACAGGAACCUCAAUGUUUCCUGCUCAGGGCCACAUUCCCCAAGUACGAAUCCAGGGUGCUCCUCCAAGUUCCUACACACCUGUUUUUGGGACACCAUCAGUACCUCAGUGGGGCCAACAGGCAGCUUCCCCUUUUGCCCCCCCUGCUGCCACCCCAACCUGGGGCCAGCAAGGUGGUGUGGGGCCCAUGGCCUCAUGGCCAUCAUCUGGUCCUACAUCAAACCCCUUUUCAGGAGGUCCGUUUGCUCUCACAAUCCCUCCAGGAGGAAUGAUGGCAUCUCAAGAGCCCUCAGUCAUCCCUCCCCGAGCUCCCCCUCGCCCCCCAGUGAAAGAAGAUGCACCCACCAUUAAAAGUGCUUUCAGAGCUCUAGACCCCCUUGGGGGGAGGGAACAGAAGAGUGGGAAGGACAUGUUCAAAGAUUUCCAUAUGGCUAAACCAGGCACUGCCCCUGUGCCUGGCUCAACCACCAAUGGCUCGUUUGACCAGUACUUCUCUAGCAAAGUGGGUGUGCCCCAGGAAGCAGCAGACUAUGAUGACUUUGACAUAAACCAACUCGCCGGAAAAGCCAUCGAACCUUCCAAACCUCCACUGCAACAAGCAUCCACAACUGCAGUCCCAACUCAGGGCUAUAGCCUGACUCCUUCCCCAGCAGGAGGUCUCUUGGAUGCGGCCUUCUCACCGGUUCCAGCCCCAGGUCCAUCAGGGCAAGGCCCUGUACCAGCCCCCACCCUUUUUAAUGACCCAUUUGGAAGUAGCUUCUUUGGAGCCCCACCCACAUCUACAGCUGCUCCAGCUGUACAGACCACUACAAAAGCAGAUCCUUUUGGAGAUCCCUUUGGAGGAAAUCCCUUUGCCUAGGCUGCAAUGCUCAGGAACCCCAGAAAACCCCAGCCCUCGUCCCACAUGCGACUGCACCUGCUCUCUGUAUACGUCUCCUGCUUCUUUGUCUUUUGUAACUGACCUCAGAUCAGCCUACCCCUUAUUAAAAUCAGCUCCAUUUCCCCCAGUGUGCCUGUGAUCACGUGAAGCAAACACAAAUGGAAACUGAGGGUAUAAGAGAAAGUUUGAGGCAAAAUAUGUGACUAGCAUAAGUGUACCAUGUAUGGAGUUUCCAUGGACAUAUUUGAUAAUGUGCUUCAUUCUGUCUGACAUUAAAGAAAGCAUGAAUUGA